CCGGCGAGGCCCGGAGCGCCCGGCCGAGGAUGGGGAUCCUCUUCACCAGGAUAUGGAGGCUCUUCAACCACCAGGCAUCCAGCCCCACCUCAGACCUUCUGUUCCAACUGAUUUCCUAACAUCCACUAUGCUGGCAGGAUCCCACCUGAAACAAAAGUUCCUAGUUGUGUGGGGUCAGAGCACAAGGUGAUCAUUGUGGGCCUGGACAAUGCAGGGAAAACGACCAUUCUGUACCAAUUCUCCAUGAACGAGGUGGUUCACACCUCUCCCACCAUCGGCAGCAACGUGGAGGAGAUCGUGGUGAACAACACGCGCUUCCUGAUGUGGGACAUCGGGGGGCAGGAGUCCCUGCGCUCCUCCUGGAACACCUACUACACCAACACCGAGUUUGUGAUAGUUGUGGUGGACAGCACAGACAGAGAGAGAAUUUCUGUGACUAAAGAAGAGCUGUACAAAAUGUUAGCACAUGAGGACUUGAAGAAAGCAGGAUUGCUGAUCUUUGCUAACAAGCAGGACGUGAAGGAGUGCAUGACAGUGGCUGAGAUCUCCCAGUUCCUGAAGCUGACUUCAAUUAAGGAUCACCAGUGGCACAUUCAGGCCUGCUGUGCUCUCACUGGAGAGGGACUGUGCCAAGGGCUGGAGUGGAUGAUGUCCCGGCUGAAGAUCAGAUGAUUUUUAAUGACCUCUUUGCACAGACAUUGCUGCAGCAGAGCUGUUCCAGUGGCACAUGGGUGGGGUGAUGUAUUUAUACUGAACUGAUGGCAGCUGUAUUUUCUGCACAGCUGCACACACACACACACACACAGGGACAGGAACUGGGAGCAGGCACAGAGCACAGGAGCGCUCGGAGCUCCAGCUGGGUUCGGUUCCUCGCAGGACGCCUUCAAAGCUGUGCCCAGCCUUCUUUUCAAGCUGCCCCUCACUUGGGGAGGAUGAAGCAAGAGGAAGGAGCUUUUAAUUUAGAGUUUUAUGAUCCCAUUGUAGCCCUCUCUGGUGGAAUUGUUGGCUUCAUUCCUGCAGUAAAUCAGCGAGCGAAUCACUGGCGUAGGUAUCGACUCCGUGUUCCCGAGGUUGCCGAUGUUACAAAUGCAAAACUUCUCCUGUAUGUGUACUGUACAUAUUUGUGUAUAUUUAUACCUCAGUCCUAGGUUCAUUGCAAUCUGCUCAGACCAGUGGCAAGCUGAAUCAGUAUGUUGGCAGUAGUGCUGAUGUGUGACACGGCCCCCGUGCCACCGGUCCCGUCCCUCUGUGUCCCUCCGGCUGUAACGUCAAUCACACCACAACCUGAUCAACAAACUCUCUCUUCAGCCCAUUGCUUGUUUUUUCCACGUGAUUUUUUGAUUAGGGAGGAGGCUGGAAUGGAUUGAGGCACACAGAUUGAGCUUCCAAUUCCAGGGUUGGCAAACAGAACAAAUUUGCCAAAGAGUUUUAAACGAAAAGGGUUUUUGGAUUGGGUGAUGCUGCAGGUCCUGCCCACUGCUCUCCUCCUCUGCUCUGCUGGUUGAUUCAGGUCUGGCAGAAAUACCUUUAGCUGUCAAAAAGGGAAAAGCAUCUUUUUUUUUCUUAACCAAAGAAGAGGCACAAAGUGUAUUUGAAAGUGUCACUGCAAUCGUACAAGUCAGACUCUGAUGAAGUUUUUUUUCACAGGAAAAACUCUCUUUGCUCCAUAAAAUUGAAAUGUGCAGAUGUAUCAAUGUGCAGUGGAGGGGAUGGAUGGGGACAAAGCAGAUGACACUACUUGAAAAAGCUCCAACACGAGUUCCAGGGCAGAACUUGUUGCAAGCAGAACUCCUUUCCUGUCCCCCCUGGGGUCACAAUUCCCACUUCAGGGGAUCCAGGCACGUGGGAGGGCAGUGGAUGGUUGGAAGUGUCAGGCUCUUCUGUGGGAGUUCAGCAAAAUGGAACAAAUCUGUGUUUAAAAUGUUCUUCCCUUGGCUGGUAAGGAUGGAAAAGGAAUUUUAAAGACAUUUUAAAGCUUAGUUUGAACUUUUUAAGGUGCUUCUCUUUGGUUCUGGGAUAAUCUGGUCAGCUCCUGCCUUCCUGCCCACCUGCCCCCCUGGGAGCACAGGAAUCCUGGGGGAAGGAGGGGAGGCAAUCUCAAAGUCUGUAUUUAACAAAGGCAGGUAAAGAAUUUAACUUUUUAAUCUAUUUUUGGUAUCUCCAACGCUCCCUGGCUGGGGGAUCUGCUGUCUUUGUUAAACAUUAAGGUGUACAUGCAUAUAUCUCUAGUGCAUGCACAUAGAUCUUGGUAUUUAACUGGUGUAUUGCAAAAUGUAUCACUGUUUGAAGAAUUAACAAUUUAAUGCAAAGACUCUCUCAGUUUCUCUGACAGUAUCUACAAGCAACGAGCUCUGUGCACACUUGCAUAUGAAAUGGAAUUGUACAUUUUCUAGUCUAAAAAAAAGAAAAAAAAAAAAGCAGACUUGCUUCUAAACCCAA